AUGGCUAGCCAAGUUGAACAAGGGCUAAAGGUAGACAAAGGCUUCAAACCACAAGCAAUUCAAGGUGCAAUUCGGGCUAUGAAGGAUAUGUUUGGGGUGAUAGUCACAGAGGCCAAUGUGGGAAAUCAUUUGAGGACAAUACGGAAGCGGUGGGCAAGGAUUAAAAAAUUGAAAGACAUGAGUGGUGUGGGUUGGGACAACAACCUUAAAGUCAUUAUCAUGGGCGAGGCUGAAUACAGAGACUACAUUCAGGUCCAUGUACAAGAUGAACCAUAUCUGAAUAAGCCAAUAGAGGAUUACGACCUAUUGGAGAGUAUAUGUGGCAAUGAUCAAGCACGUGGUCAUUAUGCCAUUCAAAAUGAUGGAACCCAAAUUGGCACAAAUAUGGACUUUGAGACGACACCAGGAACAAUAUCCCCGGAUGACAAUUUUGUUGAUUUGUCAUUUGGAGAUGCAGACGGGCAUAAUGCCUCCCCGUUUGUUAAUACUCAAGCUGGCACUUCUGAACAUACAUCAGCGACUAGUCCCCAGAGAAAGAAAGGUAAAAGCAAACGCAAAGCAAACACUGACGAUGAGCCAAUUCGCGAGUUGGCGACCACCAUAAACAAAGCAUUUGAAUCAGUUAGAUCGAGCCAGUCGCUUACCUUUACAAAAGAACUUUCAGAAGAAUGUAUGAAGCUGAAAGAAUAUGGCUACUCUACACGACAAAUUCGGAGGGUAUAUGAGCAUUUGAUGAUGGAUGAUGCACGAGCUCGAAUGUUCUUUGGCAUGGCUGACGAAAUGCGCAAGGAUUGGUUGGAGGAAUUUUUUGAAUCAUUUGGUUGA